AUGCCUGGUAGGGUCGAGUCGCUUUCUAUGUCUGCUGCAAUAAAUAAUCAUCAAUUUCUUAAUGGCAAUACUAAUUUUAUGUUACAAAUCGAUGCAGCCUAUGCUGUAUUAGAAGAUGCCGGAUUUGAAAAGAUGGAAGUGAUAGUCACUGACACUGGGUGGGCUUCACAUGGAGAUGAAAAUGAAUCUGCAGCAACCAAAGAAAAUGCAAGGACAUAUAAUUACAAUUUGCGAAAAAGACUUGCAAAGAUGAAAGGAACUCCGAUGAGGCCAAAAAACUUGGUUAAGGCAUAUGUGUUUGCAAUCUUCAACAAAAAUUUGAUGCCUGGACCAACUUCUGAGAGGAAUUUUGGACUGUUUAAACCCGAUGGGAGCAUUUCAUGCGAUAUUGGAUUUCAUGGUCUUAAAUCUUCAUCUGCAGAUUCAUUACUUUUGCCUUUGAAGGAUAAUCGAGGUCGCGGUUGGUGCGGAUGCUGUUCCAUAAUGGCUACUGCAUUCCUGCUUGUGUUGUCAAGAUAGUGAUUAAAAUUGGGUGGGA